AUGGAAAAAGAGGAAUCUGUGGAUCCUGAGAGGUUGUUGCAGUGUCCCUAUGAUAAAAAUCACAAAAUCAGAUCAUGCAGGUUCCCAUACCAUCUUGUGAAAUGCAAAGAGAAUCAUCCUGACAUUGCUGCCAAAUUGGCUACUUGUCCCUUUAAUGCUCGUCACCUGGUUCCACGAGAUCAACUCACUGAACAUAUUGCAACUUGUAUGGACAAAACUUCCCUUGAAGAUGAUGUAGAAUCCUUGGAAGAUCCUAGCCCAAGUUUUGUUUGGGGAUUCACUCAUCACAUCAAUUAUGAUAGUGUAAAUGGCAGUAUCUUCAAUUGCGAGGAAUACUUCUGUCUCAUUGAGGAUGUUAUGGAAUCUCCUGCUCUUAAUACUUGA